AUGGCCUCGGCGGCCGAGAUCCCAUGGAAGUUGUGGGCUUCGGAUGACGACUCGGUGGGUUUGGUCUUUGGAGAGUUGGAGAUCCAGCAUGGUCUCGAGUGGUUCGACUGGCGCUUGGGCGACCGCUGUGGUGAAGAGCUCAUCGUGGCACAUGAUCUCAAGACGCCACGAGCAGCGCGGCUCACGCCACGGGGCGGGUGUUUCGAGCCUACAUCCCUUUCAAGCCUUUCUAUCUACUGUACUAUUUGUGGACCACUCGUUCACAUAUGGGAGUUGAUCGAAAACCCCGUGUAA